GGGCGGGCCUUUCAUUCAUCCAAGUUGUGGGCGAGGGGGGUCAACCAGUCAAAGACAAUCAAAGAUGUUUGAGUUUCCAUGCGCAGUGACCAGGGAGGUAACACGGAGCAUUAUUACCCCUCCUCCAGCUCCGAUCACCCAGGCCUACACUCUGCAGGGGUUUAAAAUCACAUCCGAUCAAAGGAAGAAUCACUAAAAAGAGAAUCUGGUCAUGCGAUGCGAUUUGUUUCUGCUGGAGGAAAGAAGGAAAAACUAGACAGGACCUGUUGGCGAUGAUGAAUUACUCAAAGGCGCAAAUGUCGGGCUUAUCAGAGGAGGGGAGUUCAGCUGGGUGUCCACAGUCCAUUCCUGCAGGAGUGAAGCUGGAAGCCUUGAUGGAGCAGCUACAGAGACAACAAGAAGCCAAACUGGAGAUGAACCUGCAAGAGAAACAUCUUCAAACUCAGCUCCUGUUUGCUCAACAAGCUGCUGCAGCAGCCAGAGCCUCCGGCUCCAGACCAGACCCCACAUUUUUUAGGAAAACAGAUGGACACAUUUAUCAAGCUGCCCAACAAGCUUUGAACAGCAGUCUGAGCAGAGUGGAUCCAAAAGAGGAUGAAUACUUUGAUGAUGAGGAACAGGAGAUGUUGGAGCCUGACGAGAACAAUGAAGAGGCAGAGGAUGAGGAGGAGGAAGAGGAUGAAAAGGGGCCUCAUCAGCAGGCAAAGAAGAUGCAUCUCCAGCAGGUUUCACGUUUCCAGCCUUAUUCUGCAACUCUAUCAGCUGCUGUGGACCAAAUGUCCAAGUCUCCACCUUCAGCAAUAAAACAGGAGCAGGAAGAGAAGAACCUGAUGUCGUCUCCUGCUGGUCAACACGCCUUCACGUCACCCAAUGGCUUUGCUGACUGGGGCUACGAUGAACCGUUUAAGCAGAGAGGAAGUGGCAUCUGGAUUGAGGACAGUGAUGGAGGAAAGGUUAGAGGAGAACCAUCAAGAGACUUUGCCAAGCUUUAUGAGCUGGAUAAUGACCCACAACGGAAGGAGUUUCUUGAUGAACUCUUUGUCUUUAUGCAGAAAAGAGGAACUCCUGUCAACCGCAUCCCCAUUAUGGCAAAACAGGUGUUGGACUUGUACAAGCUUUAUAAGCUUGUAACAGAGAAGGGGGGACUAGUGGAGGUUAUUAACAAGAAGAUCUGGAGGGAGAUCACCAAAGGUCUCAAUCUCCCCACAUCCAUCACCAGUGCAGCCUUCACCCUGCGCACUCAGUAUAUGAAAUACCUGUACCCAUUUGAGUGUGAGAAGAAAAGUCUGAGCUCUCCAGGUGAGCUGCAAGCAGCAAUCGACAGCAACCGCAGAGAGGGCCGACGUCCCAGCUACAGCAACAGUCUUUACCGCUACUCUCCCUCCCCAAGUUCUGUUUCACAUGCACUCCUGUCCUCACCCACGAUGCACACCACCCCGCCCUCACACAACGACCUGAACACAAGCAUGAAAAGAAAUCCAGAUGAGCCCUCCACCCCUGUUAUACCCAGGCUGCCUGUGGCUCUUGCACUAGGGCAGCAGCAGCAACAGCUGGCACAAGCUGCCACAUUAGAGCAUCUCAGAGAGAGGUUGGAUCGAGCAGCAGGUGGAACUGCAGCAAACGGUCCAGAGAAGAAAAUAAUGCGGCUUGCAGAAGAGCAGCAGCGCAUCAUGCAGCAGGCCCUCCAGCAGAACCUCCUGGCUAUGGCCUCUCACUUUAAUCCCAUGAACCUCAAACUUAACAAUGGGCAUGAAAGAAAACAGGAUUUGUCAUUGAGUAUCUCUACUAGUGGACCAGCCAGUAUCAGUGUAUCUGUGGAGGUCAAUGGUACAGUUUACUCCGGUAUGCUGUAUGCCCAAAAACCAGCUGCUCCAGUGUCAUCACAGACCGUAACUCCAGCAGGAACAAGUGGUUUCAGCGCCCUUUCCUCCUCACACAGCCCAUCCUCUUCAUCUUCCACCUCAUCAAAGGGACCAAACUGAGGCUUUUCAAUAUGUUCAGUGCAAAAUGAUAACAUGCUUCACUUCAUACACCUCUCUUGUCAGACAAGAACUGUAUGAACUUCAGGGAAAAUCAGCUGCAACACAGGAGGCCGUCCUUUUUUUUAAUUAUUAUUCUUCAAUUAUUCUAAAUCUUUGAAAUGAUUCAUGUCAAGUUUAACCUCACAGCUGACACACCGACUGUAUGUAGGUUGAGAUCAGUUUACAUUAGUGCCUGUUAGCGUUUUAAUGUAGGAGCAUUCUUGUGUAAAGGGACUUUACAAGGAUUGUUCAGAAGUGUCUUUAGAGCAGAAAAUUAAUUGGUAAGAAUCAAUGCUGGGCCUCUUCAGGUGUCUGCUACAUUUAUGGCUAUUUUCCAGCAGCUCAUCAACAGAGGAAUGUGGUUGCAUGGUCCAGCUAAUGAAGACCGAAGCGCCUUAGCUCAAUGUAAAAAACUCCUGUCUGUAACAGUUCCACUGAAGACAUUUUGAAUCCCACAAGGUGAUCAUUGAGUGAAAGCUAAUCAUUUUUGCUUCUAACAGCAGAUAUCAGGGAAUAUGCACACACACAUCUUUCACUGAAUAGCUUAAUCUCCUGAAGAAGAUGGAUGCAAGUCGGUUGGUUUAUUUUACCUUUUUAUUUUUCCAUUUAAUCAUAUGGCUUCUGUUUGCCGGACAUUUAUAAAUGUCAUCAGCUGUGAAUCAAAAACACAGCGAGAGACAGUUUAUGCAGGGAACUACAGUAUGAAAAGAAAUGAACUGAUACAACAUUUACCUCAAUUAACUUCCCUUGUUGGUAAGUCUCUCAGACUCAGAUUUAUACUAUAUCUCAUAAUAUAUAGCUGUGUUAUAUUUGUAUAAAUGCAGAGAAUGUAUCAUUAACCUCAAACUUUGGGUAAAUGAACACUGAUGUAGUGCUACCUCACUCCACAAGAAAUAUGCAAUGCCGAAUGUAGCAUGUUCAUCGUUUGGCUGUGUGAUUAAUAAUUUGUAUGUGGACAAUCAAGUAGACAUGUCACAAAUGCCACUGUGAACUUGACAACUGGGGGGAAAAAAAAGGAAAAUUAAUGUUUAAUUCUGUGUUGAUCUUGGGUUAACGUGUCUCUUGGAAAUGUAGCCAUUAUAAAUAAAACAAUUGUGUGGUGUA